ACGCCAACAACCGAACCGGCCAAAACAAGAAGAACAACCCCGUCGCACACGCCCACGACUCUCUCCCCCGUCUCUUGCAUUGCAUCUCCCGUCGCCUACGCCAGUCUGAAUUCUUCUUCCAUUGACCCACCCUCCCCCCGUCUCCUCCUCCCCAAGGAAAGGCUUCGAAUUUCCCCUUAUCCCAAAAACCUUCCGCUUUCGCGUCCGCCGUCUUUGAUUCGUUCGCCGCGCGAGAAGAAACCGUGUGUGGGGGGGAGUUCUGUUCCUUUCUUGCCCUCGCCGCAGCUGCUUCGCGCGCAUUGCCUGCCACCCCCGAAGAUUCCUCCCUUCCCCCGCGCGCGCCCGCGCAUGCGGGGCGCGUAAUAACUCUUUUUUCGAGUCUCUUUCUUGGGGACGUUUCUUGGAGAAAACCUCCAGCUGCAGCCGCGCGCAUGGAUCAGGGCCCCCCGCGCAGUAAUAGCCGCCUCCAGCUGGGAUUCCGGGAGCCGGCCGUUCGCUGCGGUGGCCAAAGGCGGGGUUCUCGGUCUGACGCCGUCGUCGCGCCCUGCCUGGGUGGGAUCUUGGAGCUCUGUUGAGGAGUUCUUGUCAGAUUCAGCUCAAUAAGUUUCAGACCUCAAGUCCAGUAAGCUCAGCAGUAGCCAAGAGCCCUGAGCCUGUUGCCUUGGUGAGUAGCCUGCCUGGUGUUGUGAUCUGAUUGUUUUUACGGAAAAUGGCACGAGGAAGGAAGAGGAUCGAGAAGCUCAAGCUGAGUGCAUUGUACAGCUUUGCGCUGUGCGGCAAGAGCUCCAGCGAAGAUCACUCCAAGAUUGGUACCACGGGGUUCUCCCGAGUUGUUUACGUCAAUGAUCCAAACAGGCAUGAAGAAGAGGGCUUCAGAUAUCCGCUGAAUGAGGUCGCGACGACAAAGUAUACGUUGGUCACCUUCCUGCCCAAGUCUCUCUUCGAGCAGUUCCGGAGGGUGGCCAACUUCUACUUCCUUGUCACGGGUGUACUCACGUUGACACGCCUUGCACCCUACUCGGCAGUCAGUGCGCUACUGCCACUGUGUGUGGUGAUUAUUGCGACCAUGGUUAAAGAAGGGGUUGAGGAUUGGAGGAGGAAACAACAGGAUCAUGAGCUCAACAAUCGGAUAGUAAAAGUGCAUAGAGGGAAUGGCAUUUUUGAAGAGACCAAAUGGAAGUAUAUCAAAAUUGGAGAUGUGAUAAAGGUGGAGAAGGAUAAUUUCUUUCCUGCUGACUUGAUUCUGCUUUCAUCUAACUAUCCGGAUGGAAUAUGCUAUGUAGAGACCAUGAACCUGGAUGGUGAAACAAAUUUGAAAAUUAAACAAGCUCUUGAGGUGACAUUGGAUUUACAAGACGAUACUAGUUUCAGAAACUUCAGACAGAUAAUCAAAUGCGAAGAUCCGAAUGCGAAUCUUUACUCUUUUAUUGGUACUAUGGAAUGGAACAACAUGCAGCAUCCUCUAUCUCCGCAACAACUUCUUCUUCGGGACUCAAAGUUGCGGAACACUGAUUACAUAUAUGGGGCUGUCAUCUUCACAGGCCAUGACACAAAAGUGAUGCAAAAUGCAACUGAUCCACCAUCCAAAAGAAGCAAGAUUGAGAAGAAAAUGGAUAAAAUCAUUUACCUGCUGUUGUGUUCUUUACUCGUAAUUGCAUUGCUUGGUUCAGUCUUUUUCGGUAUAUGGACGAAAGAUGAUUUAAGGAAUGGUGAGCCAAAACGAUGGUAUCUUCGGCCAGAUGAUUCAACCGUCUUCUAUGAUCCGAAACGAGCAGCUCUGGCAUCUUUCUUUCAUUUGUUAACAGCCUUGAUGCUGUACAACUACUUCAUCCCAAUUUCUUUGUACAUAUCCAUCGAGAUGGUCAAGAUCUUGCAGGCUCUAUUCAUUAAUCAGGACAUUGAAAUGUAUGAUGAAGAAUCAGAUAAGCCAACUCAUGCUCGAACCUCAAAUCUAAAUGAGGAACUAGGUCAAGUUGACACUAUUCUCUCUGAUAAGACUGGUACAUUGACCUGCAACAUGAUGGAGUUUAUCAAGUGUUCGAUUGCUGGCACUGCCUAUGGUCAGGGUGUCACAGAAGUUGAGAAAGCUAUGGCUCUGAGGAAAGGGGUGCUGUUAGAUGAUGAGGUAGAAGGUGGAGGGCAGAAGGAGAAACAAAUUGAUGAGAGUUCUCAUGUUAAAGGUUUUAACUUGAAGGAUCCACGUAUUAUGGAUGGGAAUUGGAUUCAUGAGCCUAAUAGAGAUGUGAUAAGAGAUUUUUUCCGUCUCCUAGCCAUCUGCCAUACAUGCAUACCUGAAGUAGAUGAAACAGAUAAGGUUUCAUAUGAAGCCGAGUCUCCUGAUGAAGCUGCAUUUGUUAUUGCAGCAAGAGAAUUAGGGUUUGAGUUUUACAAGAGGGCACAGACAAGUAUAGUUGUACGUGAACAGGAUCCUAACCAGAAUGUUCUACAUCAUCAAUAUAGAAAGUAUGAGCUCCUAAAUGUCUUGGAAUUCAGUAGUUCACGGAAGCGAAUGUCUGUUAUAGUAAAAGAACCAGAGGGAAGGAUAUUACUUUUUAGCAAGGGUGCUGAUAGUGUGAUGUUCAGUAGGCUUGCACCAACUGGAAGAAAAUUUGAGGAAGAGACUAAAAGGCACAUAAAUGAGUAUUCUGAUUCUGGUCUAAGAACCUUGGUUCUUGCAUACCGUGUCUUGGAUGAGAAAGAAUAUCAGAAAUUCGCUGAAAAAUUCCGCACUGCCAAAAUAUCUGGAGGUGCCGAUAGAGAUGAAAAAAUUGAGGAGGCUGCUGACAGCAUCGAGCGGGACUUGCUUCUUCUUGGUGCUACUGCUGUUGAAGACAAGCUCCAGAAAGGGGUACCAGAAUGCAUUGACAAGCUUGCACAAGCAGGAAUUAAGAUAUGGGUGCUAACUGGUGACAAAAUGGAGACAGCUAUCAAUAUUGGCUUUGCAUGUAGCCUACUCAGACAAGGGAUGACACAGAUAAUCAUCACCCUGGAAGCACCUGACAUCCUUGCAUUGGAGAAAAGUGGAGACAAACAUUCCAUUGCAAAGGCAUCAAAGCAAAGUGUUAUGGAUCAGAUAGAGGAUGGAACAAAACAGAUUCCAACUUUAAGUCAGUCCAGCACAGAAUCUUUUGCACUGAUAAUUGAUGGUAAAUCAUUGACUUAUGCUUUGGAAGAUGAUACCAAGUUUAAAUUCUUGGAUCUUGCUGUCAAGUGUGCAUCAGUCAUAUGUUGUCGAUCUUCACCGAAGCAGAAGGCAUUGGUUACAAGACUUGUUAAACAUUCGCAUAAAGUUACCUUAGCAAUUGGUGAUGGGGCAAAUGAUGUCGGCAUGCUACAGGAAGCUGACAUAGGAGUUGGCAUUAGUGGUGUGGAAGGGAUGCAGGCUGUCAUGGCAAGUGAUAUUGCCAUCGCUCAGUUCCGCUUCCUGGAACGGUUACUUUUGGUGCAUGGGCAUUGGUGUUACCGACGUAUUUCAGUGAUGAUAUGCUAUUUCUUCUACAAGAAUGUGACCUUUGGAGUCACUAUCUUUCUGUAUGAAGCAUUUGCAUCCUUUUCAGGGAAGCCAGCUUAUAAUGACUGGUUCUUGUCACUGUAUAAUGUUUUUUUCACCUCACUACCUGUAAUUGCAUUGGGAGUAUUUGAUCAAGAUGUGUCUUCCCGGCUGUGUCUACGGUAUCCGGAACUAUACCAAGAAGGAGUGCAGAAUGUAUUAUUCAGCUGGCGUCGAAUACUUGGCUGGAUGCUUAAUGGUGUCAUAAAUGCCAUCUUGAUAUUUUUCUUCUGCACUACCGCCCUGAAUGACCAAGCAUUCCGCCAGGAUGGCCAAGUUGCAGGCUUGGAUGCGCUAGGCGCUGUCAUGUACACUUGCGUCGUAUGGGUUGUGAACUGCCAAAUGGCGCUCUCAGUAAACUACUUCACCAUAAUCCAGCACAUAUUCAUAUGGGGUAGCAUUGCUGUAUGGUACCUCUUCCUCUUGGCUUAUGGUGCUGUAGACCCAAAGUACUCAACAACAGCAUACAUGGUCUUCAUUGAACAGUUGGCGCCGGCCCUGUCAUACUGGUUGGUGACUCUUUUCGUGGUGAUGGCAACACUCAUUCCUUACUUCUGCUAUGCAGCAGUUCAGAUCCGCUUCUUCCCAAUGUUCCAUAACAAGAUUCAGUGGAAAAGAUACUUGGGGAAGGCUGAAGAUCCAGAGGUGGCAAGGCAAUUGUCUUCACGACACCGGACAUCAUCACACCCAAGGAUGGUUGGGAUCUCUGCUCGUCGUGAUGGCAAGGCUAUGCAAGUAACGAAGGGAGCCGAUCUAGAAGUUGAGGGAUAGCGUGUUUUUAGUAGAUUUUGUGUUUUGUACAGAUUAUAGAACGUUGUCUCCUGAAAGAUGACAAAAAUGGACUGGGCAAAACUUGUGAAUAUUCUUGGGCUGAUACUUCUGUGGUUCCAUGGAGUUCUAGUCCAGAGGAUAGAGCUAGAUCAUAGCUUUUCUUAGAUAGGUCAAAAGAAGACAAGAGAGUACAGGUGCAAGUUCAUUUAGCAAUUUAGAGAUGUGUAUUAUUUUCCUUUUUUUUGUUUAUGUCUGCAAUCUGAUGGUUGAUUUUAUUUUUCUUUGUUUCAUGCCAUAACUGUUCUCCCUCAACUGUACUGUAAACUAACCCUGGUAUGGUUUGCAUUGAGAGAAUUGCACUA